AUGUCUCGCUUCCAGUUCGAACAGGAUUGCGAAGUCCGUGAUAUCGCGCUGCUUUAUGGAGUCGUUGCAGGGGAUCAUUUCCCCCUGCCACGCUGCGCGGCCCUCAUCCAGGACGCCGACUCCCACGACGAGGUUGUGGAUCUCUCUAUAUACUGCGGCUUGGACCGACGCUAUGAAGAAUACUUUGGUAUUGACUUUUGGAAAAUUUUCGCAAAGCCCAGCCUCAACGAGUUCGCCGCCUUGCCAGUGGAAGUGCGCGGCAUUUUCCGAAGGACGCUCAUCUCCUGUUACAAGAAUAGACGCAUCCCGCAAGUCUGUUUCUUGACCGAGUACACCAACCACCUGCCAAUGGACACCAGAGAAUACGUCAACUUUUACGGCUCGGAGCACCAUGCACUGCUGUCCGCAUAUCUCAGAGGCGAGGAAAUGCCCGACAACAUCCGAACCUCGCCAGCAUACUACAACGGAUGCCCAUCGAGCCUGAUCGUGUCGGAGAAGCCGGUCCAGAGACCACAUGGGAUCACGAGAGACGCGAACAAUAACCUCCACUUCGGCCCCACGCAGAAGCUCGAUUUUGAGAUGGAGGUUGGCUUCUACAUCUCCAAGCCCGUGCCCCGCGGCCGCAGAGUGCCCUUGGAAGACGCAAUCCAGCACAUAUUCGGCUUUGUCUUGCUGAACGACUGGACGGCGCGUGACAUGGAGGACUAUGAGCGGAAACCCUUGGGCCCUUCCCAGUCAAAAGGUGCUGUUGUUUGA